GUUGUUGUUGUUGCUGCUGUUGUUGCUGCGAGAGAAGGUGAUGAGGGUAAUGUGCCGGCAGGGUGUUGUGCUGAAAGUGCGAUUGCGACUGGGAGUGCGGUUGCGGUUGCUGUUGAGAUUGGUACUGAGCCUGCGGAUGCUGCUGGAAGUGCGCAGAGGUCGAGAGCGAGGAGUAGGAGUUGUAGACGCGGCCGAGGUCGUUUGCCGGAGGCGGGCGGUCGGACAUGAGGGACGCGGAGCCUGGCGGAGAGAGAGAGGAGGAGAAGGAGGGGAGGGGGAGGGGGGGAGCGUGGAUGGUAGUGAUGGCGGCGUUAGGUUAACUAGGUGAAGCAGACGAACGGGCCGGGACGGGAGCGCGGAGAGAGAGAGCAGAGCGACGACGGGACGUGCCCAGGCAGAGGGGAGGAGUUAUACGUUGCGCGGACGGGACAUGGGUCGGAGAUGCGGAGGAGGAGCGGGAAUCGGAAGAAGAAGAGGAGGGAGGAGGAGGAGAGAAUAUGAAGGAGGGCACGAGUGCGCACGGAGAGAGGAGCGGUGAGGACGAGCG